AUGCAGCAGAUCGAAACUCCGGAAGCUGGAUCAUCAGGACGUGACAAUUUCCUCCGCGGCAGUGGGAGGCUGGCAAACACUCCUGAGGCGAUCAAUCAGCUUGUCGUCCGCGUCGCGUUUUUGUCCCUCGAUGCUAGAAGUCCAUUCAGAGCACCACAUGCCGCAUUCCCGAAGUUCUCUCUCCUUCCGGCCGAAAUUCGGCUUAUCAUAUGGAAGUUCGCACGACCAAGUCCCAGGAUCAUCAAGCUUUCUAGAUCGACGAGCCAGACCGCAGGCUGUCGAUUCCAGCACCUGGUUUCUCGAACCCCGGUUCCAAAUCUGCUCCAUGCUUGCUACGAGUCCCGAUCCCUUGCUUUGCGGUGGUAUAUACUCCUGUUCUGUCCGAGUUGUGGAUAUGGUGGAACGUACAUCGACCCCCGGCAGGACUACAUGUACUACGGAUCAAAUCAGCGUAUGUUACUUGCAGGCUCCAGCUCUCCCGAUCGUGCUACUUCAAGGUGGGACGAGUGGGUUAAAGACACAAGACGCUGGGCUAAAGACCGGCGCUCCAUGCGAAAUGUUGUGAUCCACGAGGACAAAAUCAACCAAAGACAUCCUUUUGUCAGGCUUCUAGAUCUUACAAGAUGGUGCAACGAGUCUGCUAAAAGCAUCUUGUUUCUAGGGCCCCUCUCCGCGGAGUUAAAGGAGGGUGCUAUACUUUCAGAUCUGACGCUUUCUCCAAAUACAUUCUCCUCGAGCCAGUUUGAGAAGUUGCUAGGUAUGAGGGACGUCUACAAGGAACUCAAGCUUCACCGGAAAGAACUUCCGGGUUUGAAGAACUUCAGGCCGAAGAGGAUAUGCACCGUGGAAUCGAAUCGAACCCACAACGUGAUGCAGAAUUGUGGAUUCGGGGAGAAAGUCUUUGAGAACACGAAACUAGAUUUCUCGUUCCAGGCACAGGAGGUUAAGACGGCCAGAACCACGGAAUACUGUACUGUCUGCCCGCUAGACUGAGAAUUUCUACAUAGGAGAAGAAGCGUG